AGAAGUCGGAGAGAGGGAGAUGUCUUUUCCCAUGGCUAGUGCUCACCUCCACUCCCAAUCUCUCUCUGAUUUCCUAGGGCACCCAUUCUUUCAAUCUCUUUUUCUCUCUAGAAAAAUUCCGCAAAAGACCAAUUCCUUCUUGCCCUUUAGGCUCCCUUCUCACUCUAAACCGCCAAAACUCCACUCCAUUUCUCAAACUCAAAGCUCCGAUCCUGACCCACAAGCAAAAUCGCAAUCCACAGUUCCUAAACCAUCUCAGUUGAGAAAGAACUCAAUUUGGGUGAACCCAAACAGAGCCAAAUCAUCGAAUGUGCAGUUAAACAGGUACGCCCAUCUCUGUAAACUCUCUGAAUCAUUGAACUCCCUUGACCCAAUGCAAGAAAACUCCAUUUAUGAGAUUUUAAGUACUUUGGGUGAAAACCCAGAUGAGAGAGAAGCUGUAAUGCUUCUUAACGGUAUAGAAAACUGGAAAGUUGCACUUCUCUCUCUUAGGUAUUUCCAAGAGAGGAUUAAACCCAAGAGGGAGGUCGUUCUUUACAAUGUAACUUUGAAGGCUUUAAGGAAAGCUAGAGAGUGGGAGGAAGCCGAUAAAUUGUUGAAUGAAAUGGUAUCAAAAGGGAUUAAUUUCGAUAAUAUAACAUUCUCCACCAUUAUAAGCUUUGCUAGGCUCUGUAGUUUACAUCAUAAAGCGGUUGAGUGGUUUGAGAAAAUGGACCAACUUGGUUGUGUUCCGGAUAUUGUUACAUAUUCAGCCAUGAUCGAUGCUUAUUGGCGGGCAGGCUUUGUAGACAAGGCCAUGGCUUUGUAUGAUCAAUCAAGGAGAGAGAAAUGGCGUUUAGACACUGUAACAUUCUCAACAAUUAUCAAAAUGUACGGGAUGACUGGUAAUUUUGAUGGCGCGUUGAAUGUUUAUGAGGAGAUGAAGGCUUUAGGAAUUAAGUGUAAUUUGGUUAUCUAUAACACAUUAUUGGAUGCUAUGGGAAGAGCUGGGAGACCAUGGCAAAUGAAAAAUAUUUAUAAGGAGAUGAAUGACUCAGGUUUUGUACCUAGUGCAAUUACUUACUCUGCUCUUAUUAGGGGAUAUUCGAGGGCUCGCUAUGCUGAAGAUGCGCUAUUGGCCUACAGAGAGAUGAGAGAGAAAGGAUUUCCAAUGGAUGUGGUUUUAUAUAACUGUGUUUUAUCAAUGUGUGCUGAUUUGGGUUGUGCUGACGAAGCGAUUGAGAUUUUCAAAGAACUCGAGAAUUCAGAGGAUUGUAAGCCUGAUAGUUGGACCUUUUCAUCAUUGAUUACUAUAUACUCAUGUAGUGGGCAAGUUUCAGAGGCUGAGAAUAUGUUGAAUAAGAUGGUGGGAGCUGGGUUUGAGCCUAAUAUCUUUGUUUUGACAUCUCUAGUUCAGUGUUAUGGAAAAGCUAAAAGGACUAAUGAUGUUGUGAUGACUUUUAAUAAAGUUUUAGAGAUGGGUUUGAGCCCAGAUGAUAGGCUUUGCAGUUGUUUAUUAUCAGUAAUGUCACAAACGCCGAAGAAAGAGCUUGAUGUUUUGAUGGACUGUCUAGAGAGGGCUAACACCAAACUAAGCUCUGUUGUGAAGCUCAUAGUGAGAGAUGAAUUGGAGCAAGGUAUCCUCAAACAAGAGGUUGGUGAUCUCUUUUACAAUUUAGGAGAGGAGACGAGGAAGGCUUACUGUAAUUGUUUGAUUGAUUUGUGCGUGAACCUUGACUUGUUAGACCGAGCCUGUGAGCUACUUGAGUUGGGUCUCUCUCUAGAAAUCUAUACGGGUAUUCAAUCGAAAUCCCCAACGCAGUGGUCUUUACAUGUGAGGAGUCUCUCUCUUGGGGCUGCUCUCACUGCCUUGCAUGCUUGGAUGAAUGAUUUGUCUCGAGCUUUGGAGAGCGGAGAGGAGUUUCCCCCAUUGCUUGGCAUUCAUACUGGUCAUGGCAAACAUAAGUACAAUGACAGUGGUCUAGCCACUGUAUUUGAGUCUCAUUUAAGAGAGAUAAAUGCUCCUUUCCAUGAGGCCCCAGAUAGGGCUGGUUGGUUCUUGACCACAAAGGUUGCAGCCACAUCAUGGUUGGAAUCUAGAAAUUCUCCUGAACCAGUUGUUGCUUAGGCAAUUGAUUUUCAUGGUUGGAUCUUUGGAUGUGAGAGAUGUGGUAAUUUUUUCAGAUUUUCUUUGUAUAUGGAAUAUAUAAACUUGGUUCUUUUUUA